AUGUUUGUGAUGCGUCAGGAAGAUAUAAGUACCUGUGGUGUCAUCGUUCCAUCCAUUGGAAACUUAGCUAUAGGCGCUGCUUACCAUGGCGAUUGCUUAGGUAUUCAGGUAACAGUCGUCCUUCCUGAUCGAACACCGCCCGCGCUAGCGCAACGUUGCUCCGAAUUGAAUGCUGACGUUGUUAUCUGUGGUGAAACUCUCGAAGACUCCACAAAUUAUGCUAAGAAGGUGCACAUGGAGACUGGUCAGAUACUUUUAAGUCCAGAUGACCCGCUGGUGAUGGCGGGCUUGGGUACCGUUGGCAUGGAGAUCAUCACACAGCUGCCAGAGGCGGACGCGGUGAUCGUGCCAGUCGGCAGCGGGGGACUGUUGGCGUCGGUGCUUGUCGCCUGCAACAAGCUGAAGUGCUCUUGUCUUGUAUACGGAGCGGAAUGCUCCAAGGUUCCGAAGAUGAUGAAGGCAUGUCAAGCUGGACAUCCUAUAGGAGUGCCCGUGGUAGCGAAUCUCGCUGAGGGGCUUAACACUUGUAUAGUAGGCAGAAAUGCCUUCGCUACCAUUAAGGGACGUCUGGAUAGAAUGUUAGAAGUGGACGAGAUGUAUAUCGCGCGCGCUAUAAUAACGGUGCUUGAGCGCGAACGGCUGGUCGCUGACGGGGCUGGAGUGUGCUCCCUUGCCGCCGUCAUGCAGGGCCUGGUGCCCGAAUUGCGAGGGAAACGCACUGUGUGCGUCGUAACCGGCGGCAAUGUGGACUCCAGUCGGUUGGCUCGCAUUAUUCACCGGGGCCUCAGCGCGUGCAGCCGCCUGCUUCGCUUCGCGGUCCCGAUGGCCGACAACCGGUGCGGUCUCGAGAACCUCGCCAAGAUCAUUGCCGACGAGCACGCUGUGCUCAAGAGUUUGGUGACGGAGCAAAUGUGGGUGCAGAGCGACGUCGGCACCACUUGGGUCGACACGGUAGGCGCUUUGCUCGAUUUAUUGUUUCGUUUCGCCGAGCUCAAAACGGUCGCGAUAAUAAAGGCAAAUGCUGUAGUAGAGACAGCUAACGAGGAACAUUCAGAAAACUUCAAGGAUCGCAUUCGUCAUCUGUAUCCUUCUGCAAGAUUUGCUGUUGUGGAUCUCAAUGAUAAGAAAUGUCCACCUCGUGGACCACCAUCUCAAUCA